UGUUACUUUAGAUGGCGAGGACGAUUUUGAUCCCUCGAGGCUAGAUAUCCCUAAGUCUACUAAAGAUUUGCCUGAUAAGUUUUACUCAAAUUUGCAAGCACCGUUCCAUACGGUGAUGUCGCCGGAUCAAUCUGAGGAAGGGAAGGAUGAAGAAGAAGCAAUGUGCGUCGAAAAUGGAAUCAAUUUUAAGGUGGGAGACCGCAUGGACCGUUUGUGUGAUGAGACUGCGUAUGCAUGUCAAAUGGCGCAUUCAGCUGUACGCCGCGAUGCAAGCACCCUUACAUCCGUCGGGGGCGGACUCUAACGAUCCGCUGUGCUUCGAGUCACCUGUUGAUGAGUGCUGCAGUAUCGUUGCCUGUGCUACUGGGCACGGAGACACGAAGGUGACCAAGUUGGAAGUGUGCAAGUACGGAAACGACACGUACCUCGUGGGUGCUACGUGGAACGUGGGCUGCGAGCAGCGAUGCACGUGUGAGAAGAACUCGAUUAUCACCUGCAAGCCGAGAUGUCCACCUUUGCCCCAAUCUGACAAGUGCAUCAACGUUCAAGAUCCCAACGACGCCUGCUGUGAGGUUCAAGUAUGUGACGUAUCUCAAGAUGUACAUGAAGACCAAACUGACAACAUCACUAGUUCCACGACCCCUGCUGAGAAACAAAACAUCACAGAAGAACUUUCAACACCUGAACCGAUACCAGUGCUUGACACCAGCACUAUGCGUCCCCUAGUCUUAACCGAACCUAUAGGCUCCAUCAAGGUCCUGCAAAACAACAGCGUCCAAGUGGCCCUAAUGCACUCCAACAGUUCCGAAGACCCCAUCCAUCUCCUCCUCAGCGACGACGGAGGAGUUACCUUCAAAGACGUAGAUCUCAAAUAUGAUAACCUCAUCCUUGACCUUGUUGGUGGAAAAGACUACAUUCUGAAGACGAAAGAGACGGGAACUAAAUUCAAUUUCACGAUAACAUCGAUGGAUAUGGUGUCGAAGGAACCGCCUGAAGAACUGGUCGAGGUUAAUGAGAAGAUCGGGUGCCAUCAGGAUGGAAAGUUUUAUGAAGUUGGCGAAGAGUUCCACAUCGGCUGCUCCGAGAUCUGCGAAUGCACGGGCGACGAGACCCGCGAGUGUGCCGCCCUGGAGUGCCCCUCGCACGUAGGGCUCGAGCUGAUAUCUAAAGGCUGUGUGCGAUGGGCUCCCAGCCCUCCGCCGUCUCCACCUAACUGCUGUCCACGCGCCGCGAGAUGCCUCAGCGACGGAACCUGUCACUACAACGGAGUACCCAUUCCGAACUGGACUGACGUGCCCAUCAGCCUCUCAGGCUGCUCGCAACGCUGCUUCUGCGAGAAUGGAGAGCUGGACUGCCAGGAAGUGUGUUCCCCCCUUCCUCCGCUGCCCCCGCAGAACAUGCGCUGCCCACCUGGACAUCACCCCGCACAUGUCAACAUUUCCAUUGACGACUGCUGCCAACAGUGGGGAUGCGUCCCGCACGGUCAAACCCCGUCGUCAGAAGUGCCGAGUUCCACACAGAAACAAAUACCAAAAGCCCCGUUCUUGCCAACACUGCCACCGGACGCAUCCAUACAUUUCCCAGAGGAGGACGAUGGACAGAACCAUAUCAUACAACAGCGUCCUGCGAAUCCACUGGUCAAUGGGCUACCACCAGGUCUAAUACCCGCAGGAAUACCCGGAAUCACAGUGCCACCGAACAAUGAGAACAAGAAACUGACUGUCAUCAACCUGAUAUCGGAUUCUCCGACCAGCGUCAAGAUGCUCUUCGCCCUACCUCCUGUACUUGUAGGGUUACGAGGCAGCGUUGACCUGAGGUUUACUGACAAAGCUGACGAAGACAUCUCACACUGGUACUCCCAAGUGUUUGCACCAACCGACGAGAUCCUCACGACAUCCCGUCUGGAGUUCCGCCUGACUGGCUUAAAGCCUUCGACAGUGUACAAAAUGAGAGGAAAACUGUAUCUGCACAACUUGCCUGUGGAACCGGAGAGCGAGAUAUAUACUAUACGCACAAUGGAUCCUUAUCCUAUCCCUACGGUGGCACCGGUAGAAGUGAAGCGAAGAGUGAUCGACAGCAGACUGGCGGUCCAAGAACUCAACGACUCCGUGGCUCACGUCACCUGGAAGCGGUUACAGAAGCUGAUCUACAGUUUAUUGACGCCAUACAAGUUCGCUACCGCCCCGUCGGCAACCCGAUCUACAGUAUGACUGAGCUCCUUCACCACAGCCGAGACUCCGUGUUCCUACAAGAACUCCGGCCUGGAAGCAGAUAUGAAGCCUCUCUAGUGCUGGUGCCGCCCCCUGGUGCUACUACUGAACUGCAUGACCCUGCUGUGCUCGAGUUUA